CCCUCGUUUCACAAUUCCACACACACACAAACACCAAUCACACACACUAUUGUGGGCCCGUCCUACUCACCUCUGACGUCACCCUUCGUCUCUAUUAUAAUACAUACUCACACACAAUAUAUUAUACAGAACCAGUCUAUAUACAUUUAUAAACUCCCAGUGGAUCCGAAAAUUUUGCAGAAAAAUAUCAUCAUAUUCCGACUAUUUAGGAUACCAGAUUUGAAUCAGAUACAUCAAUCGAUCGUUAUUUGAAUCCAAUUCAUCGAUUCGAUCGUCGUAGAAGCAGUUAUCCGAACAGGUUGUUGAAAUUUGAAGCGUUAGGGUUGUGAUUGAAGUGAUGAAGAAGUAAGAGAUUGUUAUUUGAAGCUAAUUCAUCGAUACCGUCGUCGGAGAAGCUGUUAAUCGAACAGAUUGUUGAAGUUUGAAGCAUAUUCAUCGAAUAUUCAUUGAUUCGAUCGUUGUUGAAGCUGUUAUUCGAACAGGUUGUUGAAAUUUGAAGUGUUAGGGUUUUGGUUGAAGCUAAUUCAUCGAUUCUAUUGUUCGUAGAAGCUGUUCUUCGAAAAUUUUGUUGAAAUUUGAAGCAACAGUUCGUUAUUUGAGUCAAUUCAUCGAUUCGGUCGUUCGUAGAAGCCGUAAAUCGAACAGGUUGUUGAAAUCUGAAGCAACAAGUCGUUAUUCACUUAUUUGAGUCUAAUUCAUCGAUUCAUUAGUUAUUUGAGAAGCUGUUAUUCGAAUAAUUUGUUGAAAUUUGAAUCGUUAGGGUUUUGAUAGAAGCGAGUAAGCAAGGUCGUUAUUUGAAUCUAAUUCAUCGAUACGACGUCGUAUAUAAGCCGUUAAGUCGAAUACUCUGUUUGAAAUUCGAAUCUCUAGGGUUUCGAUUAACGGUUAUUUGAAUCUAAUCGUUUGGGUUUUAAACUUUUUAAUCAAUGACGAGACAACAAAUCGUGAUCCACCGGUCACCAAUGGAGCGGCGGCAGCUUCUACUAAAUCCAGAACCUUCAUCAUCAUCAUCAUCUCGAUCUCACCGGUUAGCAGAACUCGCCGGAGGAACAACGGCGGAAUGCGCAGCAGUAGUAUGUUGCUUCCCGUGCACAGUAGUCAACAUUCUAGUACUAGCAGUGUACAAAGUUCCGGCAGGUUUAUGCCGGAAAGCGUUGAAGCGGAAGCGCCGGAGGAGACUGUUGAAGAACGGAUUGUUGGUUCAGAACAGUGGUGACGUCAGCGAUGGGAACAAGUCCGGUCACCGGAUUAGUAUAGAUGCUGCGGAGUUUGUUGAGUUGUUUAAGGUGAAACCGGUCGUUGAUGAUGAGUUUGUUGAGUUGGAGAAUGAGAUGUGGGAGAAGUUUUACGGAACGGGGUUUUGGAGGAGCUUGUCUCAGAGGGUUAAUUGAGUUGCUGAACGAUGGCAAAUUUGGAUAUUUGAUGGACCACUGGAGCGUUAUCGUACCACCAGAUAAAUGACGACCACUGGAGUGUUAUCGUAUCACCAGAUGAAUGACAACGGUGUUGGAUGGGGGUGACGAUUUCUGAUAUGACCUGAAAUGUAACAUUGUUGAGUGUAAAUGUACAUAUUCACUCCUGUUACACAUGUAGUAUUAUUCUUCUAGUUUGUAGGAGUGAGGGGUGAAAUUGUAAAAAUGGAAAAUCCAGAAUUUGGGUUUUUCCGUUCUAAUCAGAAAAUGAGUUUUUUUUUUGGGAUUA